AUGAUAGCGCUCAUCAACAAACUGCUGGACUGGUUCAAGGCGCUCUUCUGGAAGGAGGAGAUGGAAUUAACCCUCGUGGGACUGCAGUAUUCAGGAAAGACCACAUUUGUCAACGUGAUAGCGUCGGGCCAAUUCAGUGAAGACAUGAUUCCCACAGUGGGCUUCAACAUGAGGAAGAUCACCAAGGGCAACGUCACCAUCAAGCUGUGGGACAUUGGCGGACAGCCUCGUUUCCGGAGCAUGUGGGAACGUUACUGCAGAGGAGUCAGCGCCAUAGUAUACAUGGUGGACGCGGCCGACCCAGAGAAGAUUGAAGCCUCCAAGAACGAACUCCACAAUCUGCUCGACAAACCUCAACUGCAGGGAAUUCCGGUUUUGGUUCUGGGCAACAAGCGCGACUUACCAGGAGCUCUGGACGAGAAGGAACUCAUCGAGAGGAUGAACUUAUCAGCCAUCCAGGACAGAGAGAUCUGCUGCUACUCCAUCUCCUGCAAGGAAAAGGACAACAUUGACAUCACCCUUCAGUGGCUGAUCCAGCAUUCCAGGACCAAGAGGAGUUCCUGA